GCGGCCCAGUUCGCCGGGGACGCGGUCCGUUUCGGUCCUCGCAGCGGCGCUGCUACUGCCACGCAAAGGCCGAUGCCCGGCGAAGGGGCGGCAGGCUACGGCUGUGAAGCGCGAGGAGCCAUCAACCCUGGAUGAAGUCUCUUUAGAGCGGGAAGAGAGCACUCUGCUCCGGUUCGGCGUGACGGAUGCUUUCAUGUUGUCUUGGAUACGAGACAAGCUCGGAGCCCUGCUGCCGGAGGUGGAUCUUUCCGGGGUGAUGCUGUCCAGAGAGGCAGGUGGCUGCGGUCCUGAGCAGCUGCAAGUUUUCCAGAGAUUGCUUGAUGACGAGGAGGUGGAUUUCAUCGUGGUUCCCGCCAAGGACGUGGCAUUGUCUCUACCAGAAGGUCUUGCGACAGCUGCAAUUCUCCGUGAG